AUGAAGUUCGCAACUAUUUUAUCUACUGCUUUACUCUCUACAUUAGCCAAUUCAGCAGCUCUGCCAAAGAAUGACUACAAAUACUUUGCCAGAAGAUACUACAACGAGUCCGAACCACUCACACAGCCAAUUAGCGCAGUUCAAUUGGAUCAAACACAGUCAACUGCAGGCGUCUCUUUGAGUUCCUUGAAUUCUGCAAGUUCACAAACAAGUGAAUCAUCUACUGCUGCUCCGCAAACCGUUGCUACUACAGCAGCCCCAGCAUCAAUUGAGGAGACAACAACGUUGCCAUUAGAAUCAACCUCUAUCUACACCGACAAAAAUGGACAAGAACAAACUACUACGUUCUAUCUCACAACCACUCUAUACAUUACUUAUGAUAGCAAAUCUUCCACUAUAACAAGCACACCAUCUCAGCAACACAAGCUGGCGGGUGUUUCAUCUGUGGGUUCCCUUGAUGUAACCGCCUCCUCCGCAGCACCAGCUUCUACAUUAACUUCAAAUGCUUCAUCUAACUCUGCUACCCCAAGCAUUACAUCGACAACCACUUCUUCAACCUCUGUUAAUAUUGAUGAUUUAGUCAAUUCAUUACAAGGCUUAGGUAAGCAGGCUGAUGUUGCUGCUGUUCAAUCUGUGUUGGGCUCAAGUAUAAUUGAUUCUACAUGCCCAAGCGCAAGCACUGUUACUGUUACCGUUACACCUAGCGAGUGUACUUCAAGUGAUGCAUUAAUUGCUCCUUCUAACCUUAAAUAUAUGAAAGUUACUUCAUUCUCUACAGCUACUGCUACCACUACCCUUACUGUUCCAAUCACCGCUACCUUAACUGUUACUGAUGGUUCGUCUGUCAGGGUUUUCACUGCAACUUCCAGUGUAGCAACUGCCGUUGAACAAACUACAGUCGUUACAAUCACAGCAACGAGUACUAUGACACUAAGCUCUGAAACUACUGGAUAUGCUACUGUUACCACAACAUCCACUGCAUAUAGUACAUCUGAUUUGACUAUUGAUCCAGCAUCAACUGGUGUUUCAUACUCCAACGGUAGUUUAGAUUCUCCAGCAGUCAACCUGUGGGCCAAGCGUUCUUUCUUAUGA